AUGGUUUCCGAACAAAGUGGUGUCCUUUCUGGGAAUAAUCCCAUGACUGUUAAUGCAUCUGAUCCUUUAACACUUACUAUAGUACAGGUCGUUAUCAUAGUAAUGUUUUGUCGCCUUCUCCAUCUUGGUCUUAAACGUAUCCGUCAGCCACGAGUCAUUUCCGAAGUUAUAGGUGGAAUUAUCCUUGGCCCUUCUGUACUGGGACAUAUUCCGGGAUACAUAAAUACCAUGUUUUCAGCCUCUUCCCUUACUUACCUUAAUCUUCUGGCUAAUUUGGGGCUGCUCCUAUAUUUAUUCAUAGUUGGAUUAGAAUUGAAUCCAACGAUGAUAAGAAAGAGUAUAAAAACCGUCAUUUUUAUCUCUGCGAGUGGAAUCAUAUUACCUUUUGCCUUGGGUGUAGGAGUCGCAUAUGGCUUAUAUUACUCAAUGGGCAAUGAUAACGUGCCAUUUACGAGCUUUCUAUUGUUCAUCUGCGUCGCUAUGUCUAUUACGGCAUUCCCGGUUCUCGCGCGUAUCUUAUCGGAGCUGAAACUUAUGAGAACUCCCGUAGGUUCUUGCGCGCUAAACUCUGCCGUUGGUGACGACAUUACCGCUUGGAUUCUACUUGCAUUAGUUGUUGCGAUAAUUAACGCUUCGAAUUAUCUCACGGCUCUUUAUGCUUUCUUGAUCUGUGUUGCCUGGACUCUGAUUGUUGGAUUUAUUAUUCGCCCAAUCUUGCUAAAACUCAUUGUUUUAACAAAUUCAAAUCAAACAUCUCCAUCAACAUUGAUGGUUGCUAUUACUUUAUCGGUCGUCUUAUUGUCUGGAUUUAUUACAAAUAUUAUUGGAAUUCAUUACAUUUUCGGAGGUUUCAUCAUUGGGGUGAUAAUUCCUCAUGAAGGUGGUUUCGCAGUAGCACUUACUGAAAAAAUUGAAGAUCUGAUUACUGUCUUAUUCAUACCCAUAUAUUUUACGUUAUCCGGAUUGAAAACUAAUAUCAGUGACUUGGGCGCUACAGGAUGGGGUUGGGUGAUCUUGGUAAUCGUCGUUGCUAUGAUUGGCAAAGUAGCUGGUUGUACUGCUGCUGCUAGAGCAACAGGUUUAACUUUUAGAGAAGCUUUAACAGUUGGUGUUUUUAUGAGUUGUAAAGGUCUUGUAGAAUUAAUUAUUCUCAAUGUUGGUUAUGAUGCAAAAAUUAUAAAUAGUAAAGUUUUCUCGAUCAUGGUCGUCAUGGCCCUCGUGACGACUUUUGUUACAACUCCGCUUGCCACUUAUUUGUAUCCUAUUCAGUAUCAAAAGAAAGUGGAACGUAAACGUAAAAAGGAGGAUAUUGAAUCAACAGAUUUAUCUCUUUCAAAAGAAAAUAUCAGAUUGUUGGUUGUAUUAAACAAAGUUGAAAAUCUCCCUGCCAUGAUAACUUUUGUACAACUUUUACAACCUAACAAAGCUCCUACCAAAUCAACUUUACAAAAUUCCGAUGAUCAAUCUGACUUAAGCACAACUAAAGUUAUGAGAACUAUGAAUGUUUAUGUUUUACGUCUUAUCGAGCUUACACAACGUAUGUCAGCAGUGAUGAAGUUUAAUGAAAUAUCGGAAACUAUCUUACAUGAUCCAAUUAUGAAUAUGUUCACUGCACUUAGUCAAAUUAGUUCAGUAAAGGUUGACCCCAAGUUAGCUGUUGCUUCUCCAAAAGAUUAUUGCCAGGAAAUUGUUGAUAGAAUACAGGAUGCUGACAUUAACUUAGUAAUAAUUCCAUGGAGUGGUGCUGGUGAGAUAGUAGAUACGCCAAUUGAAAAUGAACCACGCGAGAAAAAACAUACAAGUCCACAGGUUGCAAGUUUUGUUCAAGGAGUUUUUAGUGAAGCAACGAUUUAUGCAAGCGUGGGCGCGUUUGUGGACCGUGGUUUUGGUAGCAUUGACAGUAAUACUUGUACACUCCCUAAUCCGAUAGGUUAUCUCCGUGUUUUCGUACCAUUCUUCGGUGGUGCUGAUGACCGUGAAGCUCUAAAUUUCGUUUUUAAAUUACUUGAAUAUCCAAAUGUUAAUAUAACUGUACUGAGGAUAAUAAAAUCAGAAGUUCCUACUGGUAACGAAGUCACAUUAAGACCUGAAGUUCAAUCCGAAAUUCCCGACGACGAAAAAGAUCGUCCUCCGCUUGACCGACAAAUUUCAACUAUUACUAUUAGUGACGCUGUUGUGAAUCGGGAGAAUGAAGAGGACGAAUCUUUCUUGGACAAGCACUUAAAAUCAAAAUCUGGAUAUCCUACCAAAAAUGCACGUAUAAGUUAUCAAGAAGUUUCUUCUAAGACACCCAUACAAACUGCUGUUGAACGUUCCAAAGAAGUUGUCCAUAGAAAAGAUUUAGUUGUUGUAGGGCGUAGUCAUCAUUCGCAUGCAAAUGAACGUCAUCACCAUCAUGAAUUCAGGGAAUUAAUUAAAAAUUUAGGAAGUUAUGGCAACGAUACACAUAAAUCUUUAGGCUACGUAGCUGAAGCAUUUUUAGUUGGAGGUGUUUCGGCUAGUCUUUUGGUGUUGCAGGCAAAGGAUGUUGAAGAUAAAAAAUGA